UCUCUCUCUCUCUCCUCCCCUCUGUAACUCAGUGAAUCGAAAUCCAUGGUUGAAGUGUGAAAAUGCCGACGACAGAGAAGCUGUUGGUGCAAAUCUUCGAGAGGAAGAAAUGGAUCGUCAACCAAGCCAAACACCAGGCCUACCUCUUCGAGCAACACCUCACCUCCAAAUGCCUUAUUGACGGAAUUGCCCCUCCUCCAUGGCUUUUGUCCUCCUCCUUUGACCCCAAUCAUGUAUUGAACAAACCAGAGCUGAUUUUAGGAUUUCCACUCCCUCGCACACAGCCCGUGAUCCAUUUUACCGGUAGCCAUUGCCCCGUGUUUGACAAGCCAGUUCCUACAGCUCACAGUGGGGAGCUACCAAAUGGUUUGUGCACUGAACGUCAUGGUUUUGACAGAGGUUUCAGUGCAGGAGAGGAGGUUUUGAUUUUGCCACACUGCCCUGUAAGUAAUGCUGGGUGUGCCUCCAAUGGCGUUCCUCAAGACCAGAGAGAAGAGGAUCCUAGUGUUACAUCUCCAGAAGAUCAGAAGGAUGCAAGGAUCUCAGACAUUUACCACAACCCAGCUCUAUCACUGGCUAGAUGUGCAGGAGAUGAGGUAUCUAUUUUGCCACAGUGCCCCAUUAGUAACGCUCGUUGUUCCUCUGAUUGUGUUCCUCAAGAUCAGAGAGAAGAGGAUCCAAGUGCUAUUUUUCCUGAAUAUCAGGGGAAUGCAAAAACCUCGAACAUUUAUCAUGACCCAGAUCUAUCACUGGCUAGAGUUCAAAGAUCCAAGUCCAGGCAAAGAGCUCUCGCAAUUCGCAACAGUGCCAAUAAAAGCAGUUCACAGGUUAAGAACAACGUUAAUGGUUGUGCUGGUGGGAUUAUUGGGUGUGCGAUAUCUUUCCUACAAACUGAGCAUGUUGAUGAAAUAAACUUAGUCAAGCCUCCUGAUACAUGUGAUAAUCUAGAGUUAAGUGCAGUAAAUGGGGAAAAACAUUCAAGUAAGGAGAAUUCUUCUGUGGAGUUUGUCUCCAGAAGUACUGGGUCACAAGUUGUGCGUAGUGUUGAAAGAACAGCAAAAGGUUCCAGCUCCUACAUGUCUGGUCAAAGAAUUGUAGCAAAAGAUGCCAGCAGCAACAUAUCGGGUCAAAGAAUAAACCAGUCAAUGUCUGCCGCAUCGAACAAGUCUCAUGAUGCCCAGAGAACUCAAAUAUCUGCUGGAACGUCUAUUCCAAUUCAAAGGGAUCUAGAACUAUGUGCAGUGAAUUCAACAGAUUCUUCAGACAAGUGUGGGGCAGAGGACAAUUCCCAGGUUUUGGAUCACAGGGGUACACAGUCCAGAUCUGCUGCUUCAAACAAGGAUUUGCCAGAAAAUCUGACUCAUGGGGUUGCAGGAAUCAGGCAUCUGGAUAUGUCCAGUACUAUGGUACAAGAGGUACCUUGUACACAAACCUGUGAAUUUGUUGAAGUUGCAAGUGUUGGAGAAACUGAAAUUGAUCCUGAUGGAUGUAUUGAAGCUAAUCCUAUUCGUUCUGGAUCUACCUUGGAUGGUAAUGGGCUUAGAAGUGGAGGGGAAGUUUUACACUCAAGGCAGCCUGCUGAUUGUGCUUUUGUGAAUCCCAAGCAACUUAAUUUUGAUGACGUGGAAGAGUCCUGUUUGAAUGGAAUUUGUACUCCUGCUCUUAAGAAGGGAAUGCAGGGAAGGUCAUCAGAAAAAAGUUCUCUUUCCUUGAUGCAUGCUGAAAACAUAAUGGCUGAAGGAAUAACUGUCAAUUACCAAGACAAUUGUAACACACCACUGGAGAUGAGUUUUCUGGGGGGUCGGGAAGUUUCCGUCAGAGGAAAGGAGCUCCAGAGUAGUUUAUCUGAAGCCCCUGAAGGGCAGUUGCAUAAAACUGGAAGUGCCUCGAAUGAAAAUGCUGCCUCAUCAGUAAAAGAGACAUCCAAUGCUCAUAAGGAUGGAGCUGCCAAUACUUUGCUAGAAAGUGGCAAAGUUCAGAAAUCCUUUUUGACAGAUAAUCCAAUGGGCUUGCAAGUAGCCUGGGAAAGUUUGGUUGAAAGCCUGUCUAAUGUUAAUGCUGCAAAACCAACUGAAUUGGUCACAGAAGAGAGUGCACUGUAUUCUCAUGCCGUUAGUAAUCCUACAGUAUCAACGGAUUCUGAUUUUACUAUGGUGUCCGAACCUGGUUCUUUCAGAAUCCCGGAUGCAAAGAAUCUUGCAGUUGAGAAUCCUUGUGCUGCUUCCUUGGAUGAGAUGAAGGGUAACUUGCCUCAGCCGAUUAUACAUUCACACAUUUCUCCAAACUAUGAACUGUGGAGUAUUGGUGAUAAGGGAGAUGUAGGUUAUACCAAAUCAACUGAAUGCCAGAUUGCAGAGAAAUCCAAAGGAAGAAGUUUUAGCUCUUCUAUGCAGGGUUCAUGGCCUCAGCAUAAACGAAGAAAGAUUGAGCACACAAUAGUUGAUGAUCUGUCUUCUUCACGGGACUUGAUAGAAAAGGUUUUUCACACCAUCAAUAGAGAUUCUAUUUGUGGAAACUUGGGAAAUGUAGAGCAUAGUCCGAAUGCCGUACUAGAAUCUCAGGGCCUUUCAAUUUCUCAGGAGGAUGUUGUGAAUUCAGUUGUCAGUGGAAUUCCAGUUGAAGAAACACAUCAAAAUGAGGAUCACCACAUGAUAGAGAGGUCUGAAUCUUCACCUAAGGCACAUAUGAAAGAGGGUGAAAUCAGCGUGGGAGGGGGGGACAGAAGUGGGAAUGCACCGUUCACUUUUAUGCAUGAAGAAUUGGAAGCAUCACUUCUCUCAAGUUUGAUGAAGCAGGAUGCUGGCCCGUCUCAAGAUUGUUUUAUGGAGGAAACAGGAGUAGUACAUCCAACUAGCAUUAUUGUUGAUACAGGAAGUCCAUGCAUAGAAGGGAACCAUGUUUCUCUUCCUCUUGAGGAUAAUCCUACACUGGGAAAUGUUGACAAUUGGACUUGCGCUGGAAGAGCCAUGCAGGAAAAGAGAUUUGAUCUUGGAGGGACCAGAAAUUUUUCAUAUUUUUCAGUUGGUUCUCCACGUGGCCAAUCCUUGGAUUUGAUUGGUGGUGAUGAUACGAAGCCUGAGCUUGAGGGGUUCAUUUUAGAAACAGAUGACGAACCAACAAGCAUUGCUCGAGAGGAUAUUAACUUUGAUGAGUGGAACCUUCCAAGCACUACAUUUGAACGUGCCAGCAUUUUGGAGCAGCUUUGCAAAUCUGUUUGCAUGCAAACUCCAAUGGCAUGCUUUUCAGCUUCAAAUAAGUCGCACAAAAUUCCAAAUCUCUAUCAGUCUGUUCCAACUGGGCUUCUAGAGGGUGGUGUGGAUAUGAGGACCACCUUGCCAAUGAAUGAUGCCGUCAAGCCGUUAAAGGAUGGUCAUAGUUGCUUGAGUGAGGAAGUUGGCCAGGCGUUUAAUGGAAGGUCCUAUUCUGAUUGCCUACCAAAUCGUAGUGGUCAAUCUGGUUGGGACAUUAAGAAACCUUACAUAUCGCCAGUUGGGAAACUCUGGGAUAGAACUGGUUCAAGCACUAGCAGUUCGGGGAAGCGAGGGAGCUUAAAUCCAGAACUUCCCUGCAUUAGUGAAGAAAAUGAGAAUAUAGAUGAGGUAUCUGCUACUUCCCGAGGUGGCAUUGUUUCAGAAGUAUUAAAUAGCUCAAUACAAAGAGUACCACUUUUUCGAAAGCUGAACCGCAUGAGACUUAGUCUAGACUCAGUCAACGCUGAAUUCAGCUUAACGGGGACUAGUAAGAGCUUCAAACUGAAGCAUGGAAUCCAAAACAGCAUCAAGAGAAGAUAUAACAACAAGGAGAACCUGAGCAUAUCACGAGGAACAAAUGAUAUUAAGAGGACCACUGGACCACUUCGUAAACCAAAAUUAUCUGGAAAAACCAGCUUGAGAAAAGGUGGUCCAAGUUUGUCAGAGUGGGAGCCUAAGCGUAACAAUAUUGUGUCCAGUAUGACUUCCUUCAUUCCUCUUGUUCAACAGAAACAAUCAGCUGCAGUUGUAACAGGGAAGAGGGACAUCAAAGUGAAGGCCCUGGAGGCUGCCGAAACUGCAAAGCGUCUUGCACAAAAGAAAGAGAAUGAGCGCAAGAUGAAGAAGGAAGCCUUGAAGCUUGAGCGGUCAAGAAAGGAGCAAGCGAAUAUGAGGCAGUUAGAGCUGCAAAAGAAACAGAAAGAAGAAGAGAGGAAGAAAAAAGAUGCUGAUAUGGCAGCAAAGAAAAGACAAAGGGAAGAGGAAGAUAGGAAGGAGAAGGAAAGAAAAAAAAUGCGUGUUGAAGCACGGAGACAGCAGAGAGAACAUGAAGACAAGUUACCAGCUGAAAAAGAAGAUAAAGAAAUGAAACGCCAGGCCAUUGAUGGAAGAGGACAUGAGAGUAAGAAAUCUAAGGAUGAAACAGCGCAUAAGACAAUGGAGGAAGAAAGGGAAUAUGACACUUUCAGGAACAUUUCAGAGACUGAGCCUAGGACUUCCAGGGUUUCAACAAGUAAUGCCAGAAGAGAGAGUAUUAUCCAUGAAGAACACAGUUUGGCCUUGAGUAAUUUUGGAUAUAGCACAGUGGUACUGAGCAAUGUAGACAAAGCAAUAGACAAUGGGAAGUCCGCUGCGAAUACACAUCAAGAACAGUCUUAUGAAAUCUCUCCAUACAAAGAAUCAGAUGAUGAAAACGAAGAAGAUGACGAUGUUAUACCAAAUACUAAAUUUGUUCCAUCAUGGUCAAGGUAA